GCUGGUCGUUGCGAGCGGAGUUCUUUUACAAAAUCAAAAUACCGUGGAUGGUGGACGUGUGAAAUAAAACAAAAUACUGGAAUGACUUGAUCAGCCAGCAUCAGUGGAGUGAGGAAGUUUAGAAUUAAGGUGAGAAUUAUUUGUACCAUGUCACAGUCUUCAGACAAGUUCAAGAUGCUGCAGCAACAACAACUAUUGCAGCAGCAGCAGCAGCAGCAGCAGCAGCAGCAGCAGCAGCAGCAAGCCCAGUUUACAAAUCCUGAAACUCCUGGGUAUGUGGGAUUUGCAAAUCUUCCUAAUCAGGUACAUCGCAAGUCUGUGAAGAAAGGAUUUGAAUUCACACUCAUGGUAGUUGGUGAGUCUGGUCUGGGGAAAUCAACACUCAUCAACAGCCUCUUUCUGACUGAUCUCUACCCGGAGAGAGUCAUUCCUGGAGCUGCAGAGAAAAUUGAAAGAACUGUCCAAAUUGAGGCUUCCACUGUAGAGAUUGAAGAGCGUGGAGUGAAGUUACGUCUGACGGUGGUUGACACACCAGGAUAUGGAGAUGCCAUAAACAGUCAGGACUGCUUUAAGACAAUUAUUUCCUAUAUUGAUGAGCAGUUUGAGCGCUACCUGCAUGAUGAAAGUGGAUUGAACAGACGCCAUAUUGUUGAUAACCGGGUCCACUGCUGCUUUUAUUUCAUCUCGCCUUUUGGCCAUGGACUGAAGCCGCUGGAUGUGGAGUUCAUGAAGGCUAUACACAAUAAAGUGAAUGUUGUUCCUGUCAUCGCCAAGGCAGACACCCUUACACUGAAGGAAAGAGAGAGGCUCAAAAGAAGGAUCCUUGAUGAGAUUGAGGAGCACAGUAUUAGGAUUUACCACCUGCCAGAUGCAGAAUCUGAUGAAGAUGAGGAUUUCAAGGAGCAGACUCGAGUCCUGAAGACCAGUAUCCCUUUUGCUGUUGUUGGAUCAAACCAGUUGAUUGAGGCAAAAGGUAAAAAAGUCCGAGGGCGUUUGUAUCCAUGGGGAGUGGUGGAAGUGGAGAACCCAGAGCACAAUGACUUCCUGAAGCUGAGAACGAUGUUAAUAACACACAUGCAAGAUCUUCAGGAGGUGACCCAGGAUCUUCACUAUGAAAACUUCCGCUCAGAACGUCUCAAGCAGGGCGGCAGGUUGUCUUCACAUGGUUACAUUCUCCCUCUGUCUCCUUCGAAAGGGGAAGAGCAACCUCAGGAUAAGGACCAGAUCCUACUGGAAAAAGAAGCUGAGUUGCGCCGCAUGCAACAGAUGAUUGCCCAGAUGCAGGCUCAAAUGCAGAUGCAAAUGCAGAAACCAGGUGGAGACGGAGACUCCAGUCAGCAUGUCUAAAAUGGAAAGCAAAUGUUGAAAAAUUCCACUGCCUUGAAGUAGUGGUGAAGGAGGAUUUGAGGUCAAGAGAACGUGGUGUUGACAGCCUGUGAUGGCAGCUGAUUCUAAAGCUUAGUUCACAUUGCAGUGUUGUAACCUUAUUUCUGCAAUCUUCUUGAAGUUAUUUUCACUUUUUAUUAUAUAUUGUAAUAAUUUUGCAUUGUUCACAUUUCUUAAUGAUAAUUUUAUACCAAUGUAUCUUUUAUAAAGUUAAAGCUUUCCACAACCUGGUAAAAGUAUUUACAACACUGGUUAAGGGUGUAAAAGCCACUAUUGUUGGGAAAGGUUUGAUUAUGAAGGAAUUAUAACCAAUUCUGUUAAUUACAACUAGCUGCUUUCAUAAGUUUGGGAGGACUUAGUCCAAGAUUUGAUGCCAGUCCAUUGUAUAAGGGUAGAUGCUGGUCGUGUUAAAAUUGGCUGAAAGCUCAGUUGAACUAUUCAUGCAUAAUUUGUCACUAAAGGCAGCUUGGAGCCAUUUAGAUUGUAGAGGUAGAGCACAAUACUGAGUCUACAGGCUUAAUACUUUCUAACCAAGCUGCAGGUCACUAUGCUUUUUAAAAUAAAAAAGUUGGUGGUCUUGGUGUUUUGCGAACCUCUGUCCCUUUUAACUUGGAACAGAGAAUCCUCGGAAGUAUGGUAACUUAAAGGUCAUCAAAUUGGCCUUUACUCUCUUGAUCAGUGCUCAUGGAAUUGCUGCUACUUUGCUCUGGAGCAUGUACUCUCUAAUUGAGCAUGGUGUGAAGAGUUUAGGCCAUGGUCUGUUAGGCGGGCAAUGGUUUAAGCACAUUGUGUGCAGUCUUAAGUAUCUUGUCCUGAUGUUGCAGUUCCACAGUUUCCUGGUAUUUUAACGUUGUUAGGAGGGUUAAUGUGCUGUAAUUAUGUGGGGAAUAGGGGAGAUACUGCAUCUCUGCCAUUAACAUGCAGAAACUACAGUGUAUGUGUAGUCUUAAAAUGUUGUAAAUGGGUGAUUUGAAAACUUUAAAUAUCCAUCUUUAGUAAUGCUUUAAAUUAGAUUUUAAUAACUGAAGAAUGUCUGUUAAUUCUAUAAUCCAUGGGGAAUGACUUAGCUACUGAUUUUCUCCCUUGCCACAUUGCUUUUAAUUCCUUCCAGCGAUAAAAUGGUUUUACAGUGUAGCAAUUGUUUUUCAAGUGGUGCUGAUAUGUACACUUUCUAUAUUGGGCAACAGCACUGUCAUAGCAUUGUCAGUGCAGUCACCAUUCUAUACCCUUUUCACAUUGUUCCUGGAAACUAUAUAUUUAUCCCAUUGUGCAGCACAGAUUCAAACAUUUCCCCCUCACCCCUAUUAGAAAUUUGUCCAUGAAAUAUCUAAAAAAACACUUUUUUUGCUGAUACAAGGUGUAUUAAAUGUUCAAGUAUGUUUAUUGGACUGGGCAUGGCCAUGAUUUCUGACGACUGAAUUAGAAAUUAUUAUUACUUUCAAAUUAGCUUGUCAGCACUUCAGAAUUAGCUCAGUGCACAUUUGUUCAAUUAAUGUAUUUUUGUGAUCAGUGACAGAAUCUUGCCUGAGGAUGCUCAAUAGCUGUUGGUUUCUCAAUUUGCAGACUGGGUGUAUUUGAAUGUGUUCAACAACCUGUUUUCUAGAAAUCAGAUGCUUCAAAUAAAUUGCUGUCUGAAUAAGUGAUUGUAGUGUUUAGCAGAAGUGAGGGCAUUAGACUUUUGAAGCCUGGAAGCUGUUUCAGUGCUAAUUCCUGCAUAUGCCAGAAGGUACGUGAAUUGUAAAUCAUGGCCUUGGUAACCCAGAAUUUGGAGGAAAUUUCUCUGAAUCUCUUUAUAAAGAGUGCUGCCUGAAUUCAUUCCAUUGAAUUAGAUUGGGAAUUGAGGGAGCUGGUGGGGGUAUAAACUGGCUUUUCACCUUUGUUCAAUGGUGGGUUAUGUAAGGUUUAAAUCCUUAUGUCCAUUAAUCUGUAUACUUUAAAUUGCUGACUCAAGGCUUAUAGAAAUUUACCAAAGGAAUAUUUGGCACUUAAUAUCCAUACAUGAGAAGAAAACUAUUUUAGGCUGAUUUUAUUCUGUGCAUAACCCUGUAAGUUUGGGGUACUUCAGGUGCUCAUUCAGUACUUUUAAAAUAUUAUGAGGGUUUUUUUCUUUCACUAUCCUUUAAGGUGUUGACUUCCAGAUUCCUUGAUUAAAAGUUCUUUUCUUUCUAAUCCUACCAAUUUCCUAGAAUGUUGUACUGCAGAGUUUGACCCCUUUGCUAAAGGCAAUGGGUUUUCCCUUAUCCUUCUUCAGGGCUCUUAGAAUUUUAUCUUGAUUGAAUCUUCUUUACACCCCUCUGUUCCAGACAUCAAGAACCCAGCCAGCCUUUUCUAAUUAAAUUCUGUGGCCCGGCACAUGCUCUGUUCAUCUUCCUGCAGUCAACAAUACUGACUAUGGUGCAAAUAUGGCAACUAGAAUUAUGCUCUACUUAACAGUGGGCUGUCUAGUGCCAUCAUAGCUUACUGCCCUCAUAAUCCAUGCCUCAGUCAGUGGAACAUAUAUGCCUUAAUUACCUAAUCUGGUACUUUUGGAGAUCUGUUGACAUACUCUAAAUCCCUCUGUUCCUCUACAGAGGCAGCAUACUUUAAUUUUAUAUUUCUCUUCCCAAGUGUAUUGCAAAUUUUGGUGUUCAGACUAGAUUUAUUAACUGAAAAACUAGUAGUGCCAAAAUGCAUGAAAUUCAGGGGAUUAAGCAGAUUGGAUUUUGGAAUGGCUAAGUAUUCCUGUAUGUGGGGCAGUUAAAGCUGGGAGGGUAACAGUACAACUCCACAGAUUUGGAUGAUUAACAGGUGAUGGCUACCACCCAGGAUAGUUGUCACAAUUGGAAAAUUUAGCUUAAAAGGUUCAUGUUGGAAAUCUAGCAAUUAAAGUGUGUGCAGUAAGGAAUCUGUCCUUGCAAGAUAUACAUGGUACGUCCUUGGUGCAUAGUCGGAUUUCUAACAAUUGAGCUUUCUUAGCAAAUCAAAUAGACAGUAUUAUAAAAAGUAGUAUCUCUUUUGAAUUGUACUUAAAGAUGCAGUCCCAUGUGUGUAAUUCUACAUGGUUUAUUAAAAUUUACCUUUGCACUAAUGUCAUUCUUGUUUAACCAGCAAAUUACAUAGCUGCUUGAAAACUGAAGUGUAUUGUGAAUGGAGUAAAUACAGAAAAUACUGAAAACAUUUAGCAGGUCAAGCAGCACUUGUGGAAAGAGUAAACAGUUAAUGCUUCAGAUCCAGGACCCCUCAUCAGAAAAGAGUCCUGGACCUGUAAUUGUAAAUAGGUUGGUUAUAAACAAAAUCUUGUGAACAGGACAUUCUGACAGAAUUUGUUCAAAUUAGGAAGUCAGAUGCAACUUGUGCCAACUUCUGAUGUAGCACAUUAAUGUACUGUGAAUUUGAUAAGAUGCUCACAAUUGUAGAAGUACCCAAAUGAUAUUGAAUGAGUGGAUGGAGGAGAAAUUUACCACAGCCAAUGAUUCUCCCAUUAUUCUAAGACUGGCACAGAAUUAUGAGCUAGUCAGAUCAAGAAAUGCAAGUAUUUUGUUAACUUUGAGAAGUAGUAAAUUGGUGAAGAUGUACCAUUAAUCACAUUUCAAAGUGUCAUACUCUGAUAUCAGUCUCCAAAUAGCACCCAAUUUAUGCACUCCUCCCAUUCAACAGAUGAAAUUAUGUUUUGUAUUGAAGCUUUUAAUGUGUACUUGUUUGGCACACAUUGCCUUAGAAAGCCAACCUCUCUUUUAGGUGCCAGGAGUUGAUAUUAAAACUUGUGAAAUGAGAUGAGCCAUCGUAAUUUGUUGCCUGGCUCUUAUGAUGCGAUUUCAGAUUUUCUUUUGUCUUCUAAUUUUUGGUGUGGAGAGGUUUAGAAACCCUUGCUGUGUACUUGUAUACAAAUGACUCCUGCGUUACAGGGAUGUUGUAUUCCUAGAAAAUGGUAUGUAACAGUUUCCAUAACUAGAAGCCAUGUCAUCUGCACGUGUCAAGAAAUGGGAGUUGAAAAAAUAAUUUACUUUUUCAUAAAUUCUGUAAAAGUGAAUUCUAUUCCAUAUUCAAAUUUUUUGGUAGUGAUUUGUGAGUUCUGUAAGGGCAAAUUUUCUGUAACCCGGAUGGUUGUAAUACAGGGGUUGCCUCUAUCAGCUAAAUAUUAAUUAAAAGAGGGAAAUGGGUUGAGAGGAAGGGCAGGGAACAAUAUUUCUAUAGUAAUGGAAGCUAUUUCCAUUUAGUGUGGAAGCAGUUCAUGUGAAGAGAGUAAAGAGUUUGGAGACUGUGUAUAUUUUCUGAUUUUUUUUUUGUACUUUCAUGCUGAUGUAUUUGUGAUCCAUUUGCAAAGCUUUUAUACUGCCAAAAUACUGAUGAGACUGUUACUUCUGUUUUUAAAAUGUUAGAUUUGAGCCAUUUUAGAACUGUUAACUAUUUCACUAUUACCUAGUUACAAUGUUUGAAUUCUCUGAAAUGUUUUCAGUGAUCCAGGAUUCUGUCAGUGCACUUGGACCUGUGGAUCACCAAAUAUAAUGAUGGAAUGGAAGAUGAAGCAGCAAUAAUAAAACAUAGGCUUGCUUAAUUGUUCAAUAGUAACCAUUCAUGUACAUUCUUCACUAAAAUAUCCCAAUAAACUUGUACACCAA